AUGAAUCGCAACGAGUUGGCCGCGUUGCUGGCGGCGACACAUUCGAACAAGUCACCACGCACAGAUCCGCAGCAUUCCUCAGCCGCACCUCUUUCUCCGAGACAACUCUUCCAGUCCCGCGUACGAAACCUCGGCAGCCAUAAUGACAUUGUCUCGCCUCAGUCGUCUGCACAAUACCCGGAGCGCACUUCCAGUCUGUCGCCCACCAAACCCACACAGCGUCGUUCGUCACGAUUGCGCCAAGCAGCCGUGACCCGCAAGCCCUUGCCGGCAAAGCCAUCGACUGCACCAGAUUUCGUGCUUGAGGAGCGUGCGGCAUGGGAAGGAAGCAAAGGUCAAGACUACACACAACACAACGACGAUGACUUCAUCUUGAUACCUGCCUCAAACGAUUCAUCUGACUCACUAGAUCAGCAAAAGCUGGUGCCGUUUGCCCGCACUUCAAACGACAAUGCCCAGAUCCAACGCCCCAAGACGAGUCGAGGUAGACCUCAGACACGCGAUGUUGAGGAGACGAAGUCCGGCAAGACUCCAGUCCGCCCUUCGAAAUUCUUGGAAGGCAGCAUGAAUACUAGAUCAGUUGGGGUAUCAUCUACGUGGGACGAGCAUGGUGACCGACUCAGUCUCGACCUAGCUUCUGAGGACUCUGACGCUACGCCGAGAGCCGCCCGACCUUCUACAGACUCGCUUAGCUCCUCAGACUUGUCAGACUUCCGACCACAAUGCACAACGCCUGCCACGAUCAGACAACGACUGUCAAAGUUCGCCAGCAGCUUGAAGCCAGUGGCUGAGGCAGAGAAGACCGAUGUGACCGAUCACAAGACACCCAAGCGAAAGGGCUUGCGCAAGAGCAUAUCAACAUGGAGCAUGCACAAGUUGUUCGGCGCAUCCGGUAGUGACGCAGAUUCAUCAGAUAGUGCGAAAGUCCAGCAACUCGACGCGCUUAACGAGCGAAAGAGGAAAGCUGAAGAAGCCUAUGAGCAGCAAUUCGGUACAAAGAAGCAGAAAUCCAACGGUGGCGGUACAGUCCAUGAUCCACACGCUACAAUUCGUGGUCCGCAACGGACCUUGAAGAAAAAGCGCAGCACAUCUCAGACCAGCACAAUCACCCCCGCGACUAAGCGUCGACGAGGGCCUGCUACAAGCACAGCUCUACCUGCUGAUCCAGUAGAGAUCAGUGAAGAAGAUCGCACUACGGAUCACCGAAAGCGACCUAGCCGACGAGAGCUAGAAAAGGAAAACCACCAGCUACGAGCUCUUCUGCGUGAGCAACAAGCUCAGUCGCGCGCAAAUCUGCAAGUGGCUGCGUCACGCUCCAUGUACCACCUGCCAUUGGAAGACAAGAACCCCGGUCAACAUCGCCAAGCUCCCGCCACACGAAAGUCAACAAGGAGCCAUAUGAUGGCAGACAUUCCCCCAGUCCCACCACUACCUGGGCGUGGAGCUCUCACCAACAAGACUAACACCAACACCAAUGUGUACUCGCCGCCUGCCGAUACUGGAACGAUGAAGCGCAUUCGCGCUAUGCCAUCUCCAGGUCGUUCGCAGCAAGAGGAUACGGAGAACAAUGUACCAGCUGGAUCCAGGAAUUCAUGGAACUGGCCGGACGACGUCUUUUGA